AUGCUGAACAUCCCGUCCCAGGCCUUCCCCGCCCCCAGCUCGCAGCAGCGCGUCGCCUCCGGGGGGCGUAGCAAGGUGCCUCUAAAACAGGGCAGAAGUCUUAUGGAUUGGAUUAGACUGACCAAAAGUGGAAAGGACUUAACAGGAUUAAAAGGCAGGUUAAUUGAAGUAACUGAAGAAGAACUUAAAAAACACAACACAAAAGAUGAUUGUUGGAUAUGCAUAAGAGGGUUUGUUUACAAUGUUAGCCCAUAUAUGGAGUAUCAUCCUGGUGGAGAAGAUGAAUUAAUGAAAGCAGCAGGCUCAGAUGGAACAGACCUUUUUGAUCAGGUUCAUCGUUGGGUCAAUUAUGAAUCUAUGCUGAAAGAAUGCCUGGUUGGCAGGAUGGCAGUGAAACCUGCUGUUCCCAAAGACUAUCAUGAGGAAAAGAAAGUCUUAAAUGGCAUGCUUCCCAAGAGCCAAGUGCCAGAUGCACUUGCCAAAGAAGGCCCAGUUUCUCCAAGCUAUGACUGGUUCCAAACAGACUCUUUAGUCACCAUUGUCAUAUAUACUAAACAGAAGGAUGUCAAUUUAGAUUCAGUAAUAGUUGAUCAUCAGUAUGAUUCCUUUAGAGCAGAAACUAUCAUCAAGGAUUAUUCAUAUCUUAUACAUAUUGAGCUAAGCCAUGCGAUUCAAGAAGAUUUUUCUGUGCGGGUUGUUGCAAAUGUGGGAAAGAUAGAGAUUGUCCUAAAGAAAAAGGAGAAUACUUCUUGGGAGUGUCUUGGUCAUCCCCUGGAGAAUCAUAAUUCACUUAUUCCAAAGAAAGAUACAGGUUUAUACUACAGAAAGUGCCAGUUAAUUUCCAAGGAAGAUGCCACUUAUGAUACGAAGCUUUUCUGCUUGAUGCUGCCACCAAGCACUCAUCUUCAGGUGCCAAUUGGGCAACAUGUUUACCUCAAGCUAACUAUUACAGGUACUGAAAUAGUGAAGCCAUAUACACCUGUAUCUGAUUCCUUACUCUCAGAGUUUAAGGAACCAGUUAUUCCCAAUAAUAAAUACAUCUACUUUCUGAUCAAAAUCUAUCCUGCUGGACUCUUUACACCAGAGCUUGAUCAUCUUCAGAUUGGAGAUUUUGUUUCCGUAAGCAAUCCUGAGGGCAAUUUUAAAAUAGCCCAGUUCCAAGAAUUAGAAGAUCUCUUUUUAUUGGCAGCUGGAACAGGCUUCACACCAAUGGUUAAAAUACUGAAUUAUGCUUUGACCAAUAUAUCCAGUCUCAGGAAGGUGAAGCUGAUGUUCUUCAAUAAAACAGAAGAUGAUAUAAUUUGGAGAAGUCAAUUGGAGAAAUUAGCAUUUAAAGAUAAAAGAUUUGAUGUUCAAUUUGUUCUCUCACAACCUACUUCUGAAUGGAAUGGCAAAAAGGGAUGUAUUUCACCAGGUCUUCUUUCUGAAUUUUUGAAAAGAAGUUUAGACAACUCCAAAGUUCUCAUCUGCAUUUGUGGACCAGCCCCAUUUACAGAACAAGGAAUGAGGAUGCUGCAUUACCUUAACUUUUCCAAAGAUGAGAUCCAUGCUUUUACUGCCUCAUGA